CCUGUUCCGGGAUUCCGCUUGUUGUCAGAAAGCUUUGGGGUUCCGGCCAGCGCUCGGGGCCUAUUUCUGGGGUCCAGGUUGGCGCGAGGUCGGCUGCUGCAGCCAUGGCGGCCUCCACCGCAGCCGGGAAGCAGAGGAUUCCCAAAGUGGCCAAGGUGAAAAACAAAGCCCCAGCUGAGGUACAGAUAACUGCUGAGCAACUCUUAAGAGAAGCUAAAGAAAGAGAGCUUGAACUUCUUCCACCUCCACCUCAACAGAAGAUCACAGAUGAAGAAGAGCUAAACGAUUACAAACUAAGAAAAAGGAAGACUUUUGAAGAUAAUAUAAGAAAAAACAGGACUGUGAUUAGUAACUGGAUAAAAUAUGCACAAUGGGAAGAGAGUCUAAAGGAGAUUCAAAGGGCUCGAUCCAUAUACGAGCGUGCUUUAGAUGUAGACUACCGAAAUAUUACACUCUGGCUGAAAUAUGCAGAAAUGGAAAUGAAGAAUCGCCAGGUCAACCAUGCCCGAAAUAUCUGGGACCGGGCCAUAACAACUCUGCCUCGAGUCAACCAGUUCUGGUACAAGUACACAUACAUGGAGGAGAUGUUGGGAAACAUUGCUGGUGCCCGGCAGGUGUUUGAGCGCUGGAUGGAAUGGCAGCCUGAGGAGCAAGCCUGGCACUCCUACAUCAACUUUGAGCUGCGAUACAAAGAGGUGGACCGGGCCCGCACCAUUUAUGAACGCUAUAUCCUUUUCACAUUUGCCAAGAUGUGGUUACUAUAUGCACAAUUUGAAAUAAGACAGAAAAAUUUACCAUUUGCCAGAAGAGCUUUGGGAACUUCCAUAGGCAAAUGUCCAAAGAACAAGUUAUUUAAAGGUUACAUAGAAUUGGAGCUGCAGCUUCGAGAAUUUGACAGAUGCCGGAAGCUUUAUGAAAAGUUCUUGGAAUUUGGACCUGAAAAUUGUACCUCCUGGAUUAAAUUUGCAGAAUUAGAAACAAUCCUUGGUGAUAUUGAGAGAGCCCGGGCAAUCUACGAGUUAGCCAUCAGUCAGCCACGCUUAGACAUGCCAGAGGUGCUUUGGAAGUCAUAUAUUGAUUUUGAAAUUGAGCAGGAAGAAACUGAGAGAACACGAAAUCUUUACCGAAGAUUGCUUCAGCGGACGCAACAUGUCAAGGUAUGGAUCAGCUUUGCACAGUUUGAGCUGUCUUCAGGGAAAGAAGGAAGUUUGGCUAAAUGCAGACAAAUUUAUGAAGAGGCUAACAAAACCAUGAGGAACUGUGAAGAAAAGGAAGAGAGACUUAUGUUGCUGGAAUCCUGGCGAAGCUUUGAAGAUGAAUUUGGAACAGUAUCAGAUAAGGAGAGAGUAGACAAACUCAUGCCAGAGAAAGUCAAGAAGAGAAGAAAGGUCCAGGCUGAUGACGGGUCUGAUGCAGGCUGGGAAGAGUACUAUGAUUACAUCUUUCCAGAAGAUGCUGCCAACCAACCCAACCUCAAGCUUCUGGCCAUGGCCAAACUUUGGAAGAAACAGCAACAGGAAAAGGAGGCUGCAGAGCAAGACCCAGAUAAGGACAUUGAUGAAAGUGAAUCCUGAUGUUCUUGUUCAUAUUGAUAAGUGUUUUAUUAUUUUUAUAAAUUAACCAUUCGGAACUCUUGUGACUCCGUAAGUUUUUGUAUAUUUCACCAGUAAGGAAUUGGAGUCUUUGAUAGCUAUUUUUUGAAUUAUUUUUAAAAUGUUCUUGGGUUAGUGAGGGGUGGGGGGUUGCAAGAAAAUUUUUUGAACCAUUAGUUUCCUUUAUCGGAGUCCAAACAUUUUUUUUUUUUGUCCAUAUCAUGCAUUAGGAAAUCUAAUUGAGGUAAUGCUUUCAACUAUUUUAGAUGGACCUGCACUUUUGAAAGUGUUUUUCUAGAAGUGUUCAAGUUACAUUCUACAGUAACUUUUAAAGUUUUUUUUAUGCUUGUCUUCUUCAUAAAGAUAUUUAGUGCACUCACCUGAAAUCUCUAACUUCUUCACAUCUUCAGUCACACAGACUCGAGUUCCAUUCCCAGCUGCCACUUAGUAAUCUAUAACUUAAUCUUUUAGUUUCUUCUCUCAUAAAAUGGCCGUCUGCCAAUUCAUUUUGAAGAUUAGAAAAAGAAUAUACGUGGCACAUCAUGACUGCUCAAUAAAAUGUUCAUUCCCAGCCACUUUCCUAAACAUGUUCAUCCUUGUAGAAUUGAAUGUGCUUGGAUUAAUUUAACUUCUAAAUAUCCGUACUUUCUUAACAGUGGCCAUUGGUACUACAUGCUUUUGAAAACACCAGUUGGGAAAUAAUUUAUAGUUACUGUAUUUCCGAACAAGGUCUUUUUGUUACCAAGAUGUUUUAGUCAAAUUUCAUGCUGUAAUCAGUUUCCCCCACUGGUUGAGCUCUGUAAUGGCUUAAAGAAUAGUAACACAUGUGCUGUGAAAAACAGUGCCCCCUGCUCCAGUAAAUUUAGGAAACCCCAGGUUAAGGUUGAGCCUUGUUAAUCAACUCUCUUUACAGUUCAGCUUCUCAGAGCCUUGGAUACGUUACUGUACAUGAUGAACCCCAACAGCAAUGCUGGCGUGUUUCCCAACCUUACUGGACAAGGGAAUCAUUUCUACCUGUAGUACCAAUAAACAUCCCCUAGUGUGUUACAGCAGAAGGUAGCUACUGUAAUCCAGGAUACAUUUAACUUAGGCUUGGUUUAGAACACGUGAAAAACACCAAAGGUAACCAACUAUAAUGCCAAAAAAGAAAACUUAAAGUAGCACAGAGAUAUUAACACAUUUGUUGAAGCACUGCUCAUAUCCUCAAGCAAAAAAUAUUUGCCUUAAUUAACUGAUCUGAUUAUUUUCUUUAAUCUGGCCUGAUUUCUCAGGCCUAUUUUUUUGUUUUGUUCACUGCCCAAGUUAUUUGACUCGAACUGUCAUCUUCAAGAGUAUUUUUUCACCUGGGAGGGCAACUAGCAACUUUAUUAUUUGCAGAUUUAAUUGGGUAAGGCUUACUAAAUGUACAAAAAUGUUAAAGAAUAAAAAAAGCUAGUAAGUAUG